CUGUCGGCUCACGUACUGCUAGAGGUGCUGUGUCUGGGGGUGCUGCGUCUGGGGGUGCGGAGCCUGGGGCCUGGGGGUGGUGAGCCUGAGGGUGUUGAGCCUGGGGGUGCUGCGUUGGAGGGUGCGGAGUCUGGAGGUGCUGAGCCUCAGGGUGCUGCUUCGUCUGGAGGUUCUGCAGGUGCUUCGCCGAGACUGUCUUCGCAGCAGCUGCGUGAAUGGCUUGUUCGGCGUGCACGCCUUUGGAGUGGGGCUACCAGAGCUAGAGGUUCUGGAGCUGCUGGAGCUGGAGGUGCUGGAGUUGCUGCUGGAGCUGGUGUUACUGGUGGUACUGCGGCCACUGGUCCUGGAGGUGCUCGUAUCCGGGGUACUGGAGCUGCCGGGACUGGUGGUGUUGAGGGUGCUGGAGCUGGUGACCCUACGGAGUCUAGAUCUACUGGUACUGGUGGCUCUGGCGCUGGUGGCGCUGGAGCUGGAGGAGCUGGAGCUGGAGGCAUUGGCGCAGGAGACGCUGGAGUUGGAGGCCCUGGUGUUGGAGGUGCUGGAGCUGGAGGAGCUGCUGCUAUUGACCCUGGUGGCACUGUGCGGCCGCGACCGUACUUCGUUCCCCUCCUUCAGCAGGUUCUAAGUACCCCGUCUUCUACUGACCUUACUCCUCCCCUCCUGUGUCCCCCGCCUGACCAGUUGCAGCCGCCGUUACAGCCGGCCUCUCCAAUGUCUGCUCCUUCUCCUUACACUGAGCAGUCCGACGGUCUUACAGAGCGUCGUGAGCCUGCGUCUCGUCCUGUCUUGCCUGUUCGCACUGCUCGUCAUGUUCCUCGUUCGCGUCCUCCUCCUGUCCCUGGCACGCACGCCAUGACCCUUCGUUCUUCCUCUGUUCCCCUGCGUGUUCCUCUGCUUGCUCCUCCUGUAUCCUCUCUUCCUGAGGUCCCUGACCCUGAGUCUGACCGUGCUCGUGUUGCCAGUCCCAUUGUCUCUCAUCUCCUCGCCACUGCUGUCACUGACCCUUCGUUUGAGUCUGCUGGUGUGUCUGCUCUCGAUGCUGAGCUGCUUGACUUUGCUGCUGCCUGCCGUCUAGACUACACCACUGCUCUCGUUGUUGAGUCUGCGUCUACCAGUCCUCCGUCCAUCGGGGGUGAGUGUGCUCUUGGCACAGACAUCGUUGAGGACAGGCAGGAGGACUUUGAGUGUCUUGCAGCUGCUGUACCUCGUUUCGCUUCCAUGCUGCUUGCCCCUGAGGGAGACCCGGAUGCUCCAGACAUCCCGACCCCGCGCUCUUACGCAGAGGCGAUUAUGGGUCCUUACUCCUCUCAGUGGCAGGCAGCCAUGGAUGCCGAGAUGGCAUACUGGAAGUCCACAGGCACCUACGUCGACGAGGUUCCCCCACUUGGGGCGGACAUUGUCGAUGGCAUGUGGAUCUUCAGGGUGAAGCGGCCGCCGGGUUCUCCGGCUGCCUUCAAGGCGCGUUACGUUGCUCGAGGCUUCGAUCAGCGACAGGGAGUUGACUACUUCCAGACCUUCUCCCCCACCCUGAAGAUGACUACUCUUUGGGGCAGCCUGCUCGAGGAGAUCUGGCUGCGCCGACCACCUGGUUUCCUUGGGACGUUCCCUGCAGGUACUUAG